UUAGCAUCCCUCUUUAUUAACCUAUAAUCCCUUCAAUUCAAACACUCUCUUUCAGUUCUAACAAUUUUUGUCUGCAGACGCUCCGAAACCCUAACCCUAAUUUCGCCGUCAAGAACUCAGCUUUUCCAACUGAUGGGAGAGACAAAGGAGAACGAUGCUUACGAAGAAGAGCUUCUUGACUAUGAAGAAGAUGAUGAGAAGGUGGUCCCUGAUUCCGCUAACGGAAAAGUUAACGGCGAGUCUGCAAAGAAGGGGUACGUUGGAAUUCACAGUUCCGGAUUCAGAGACUUCCUUUUAAAGCCAGAGCUACUGCGUGCCAUUGUGGAUUCAGGGUUUGAGCAUCCCUCUGAAGUGCAACAUGAGUGUAUUCCACAAGCAAUUCUGGGCAUGGAUGUUAUUUGUCAGGCCAAAUCUGGAAUGGGAAAAACUGCUGUUUUUGUUCUUUCGACUCUGCAGCAGAUUGAGCCUGUUGCUGGUCAGGUUGCUGCCUUGGUCCUCUGUCAUACAAGGGAAUUGGCUUAUCAGAUUUGUCAUGAAUUUGAAAGGUUCAGCACAUAUUUGCCUGACAUCAAGGUUGCUGUUUUCUAUGGUGGUGUCAAUAUCAAACUUCACAAGGAGCUUCUAAAGAAUGAAUGCCCUCAUAUUGUUGUUGGAACUCCUGGGAGAGUACUCUCGUUGGCUAGAGAUAAGGAUCUAGCUCUGAGGAAUGUGAGGCAUUUUAUUCUGGAUGAAUGUGACAAGAUGCUUGAGUCUCUUGACAUGAGGAGAGAUGUGCAGGCAAUUUUCAAGAUGACUCCCCACGACAAGCAAGUAAUGAUGUUUUCAGCAACACUCAGCAAAGAGAUCCGCCCAGUUUGUAAAAAGUUUAUGCAAGAUCCAAUGGAAAUCUAUGUUGACGACGAGGCCAAGUUGACCCUUCAUGGACUUGUACAGCACUACAUCAAAUUGAGCGAAACGGAGAAAAACCGGAAACUAAAUGAUCUACUGGACGCCUUGGACUUCAACCAAGUUGUUAUUUUUGUCAAGAGCGUGAAUAGGGCAGCUGAGUUGAAUAAAUUAUUAGUGGAGUGUAAUUUUCCAUCUAUCUGCAUCCACUCUGGCAUGACCCAGGAAGAAAGAUUGACCCGCUACAAGGGUUUCAAGGAGGGUCACAAGAGAAUUCUCGUGGCAACUGAUUUGGUUGGUAGGGGCAUUGAUAUUGAGAGAGUCAACAUUGUUAUUAACUAUGACAUGCCAGAUUCUGCAGACACUUAUCUUCACAGAGUGGGUAGAGCUGGUAGGUUUGGAACUAAAGGCCUUGCCAUUACAUUUGUGUCAUCUGCAUCAGAUUCUGAAGUUCUUAAUCAGGUUCAGGAAAGGUUUGAAGUAGACAUAAAAGAGCUUCCUGAGCAGAUUGAUACUUCUACAUACAUGCCAUCUUAGAGAGAUGAGAGCAUCCUGGCAGAUGUUUUGCUUUUGUUCAUCGCUUAUCUUGGCUUUUGGAACUUCUAAUUUGAAGGAAUGGUGGCCUCCUGCUAUAUGCUUUGGCACUGCUGGACUGCUGUACCCUUAUUGAACUACAACGUUUCUUGUCAGUUAAGAGGAGCAUUACAAAUGUCUCUGUUAUCUUUGUUGAGCACUGUACUUUAUACUUCGACUGAAUUUAUUAUGCCUAGUUGCUGAAUCAUAAUUUUGUUAGGUGGUGUAACUUAUACAUUAUAUCUGUUUAAUUUUAAGUUUCUAGAGCUAUUUUUCUGAAGCUCUACCCUGCUGGGAUCACGUUUGGAAACCUGGUGGAAGUCUGUUAUAAUCUUGUGUAAUUGCUGGAACUCAUUGGUGGUACUAAAGGGAUUUUUGUUACUAUCAUUA